CCCGCAUCCCGUCGUGCCCCGCGGCCCGGAAGCGGUGGCCGCCAUGGAGGAGGACGAGCCGGAGCUGGCGGCCGGGCUGGAGGCCGCCCUAGAGCUGGCCCCCUCCGUGCAGGCCGCCAUCGAGCAGGUCUUCCCCAGCCAAGAUCCACUGGACAGAGCGGAUUUCAAUGCUGUGGAGUAUAUCAAUACUCUCUUUCCCACUGAGCAAUCUUUGGCAAACAUCGAUGAAGUCGUGAACAAAAUCAGACUGAAAAUAAGGAGGCUGGAUGACAACAUUCGGACUGUGGUGAGAGGACAGACCAACGUGGGACAGGAUGGCAGGCAGGCCCUGGAAGAAGCUCAGAAAGCCAUUCAACAGCUCUUUGGUAAAAUUAAGGAUAUUAAAGACAAGGCUGAAAAAUCAGAGCAAAUGGUUAAAGAAAUCACUCGGGAUAUCAAGCAGCUGGAUCAUGCCAAGCGUCAUCUGACCACCUCCAUCACCACCCUCAAUCACCUGCACAUGCUGGCAGGGGGUGUGGAUUCCCUGGAGGCUAUGACCAGGAGGAGGCAAUAUGGGGAAGUUGCCAACCUUCUCCAAGGUGUGGUGAAUGUGUUAGAGCACUUCAACAAAUACAUGGGGAUUCCUCAGAUCCGGCAGCUUUCGGAAAGGGUGAAAGCAGCACAGAAUGAGUUGGGACAGCAGAUCCUGGCUGACUUUGAGGAAGCCUUUCCUUCUCAAGGUACAAAGAGGCCUGGUGGCCCCAGCAACGUCCUACGUGAUGCCUGUCUGGUUGCCAACGUCCUGGAUCCCAGGAUCAAACAGGAAAUCAUCAAGAAAUUCAUUAAACAACACCUCUCUGAGUACCUGGUCCUGUUCCAGGAAAACCAAGAUGUGGCCUGGCUGGACAAGAUCGACAGGCGCUACGCCUGGAUCAAGCGGCAGCUGGUGGACUACGAGGAGAAGUACGGCCGCAUGUUCCCCCCGGAGUGGUGCAUGACGGAGCGCAUCGCCGUGGAGUUCUGCCACGUCACCAGGACAGAGCUCGCUAAGAUCAUGCGCACGAGAGCUAAGGAGAUUGAGGUGAAGUUGCUUUUGUUUGCAAUCCAGAGGACAACCAACUUUGAAGGACUUCUGGCUAAACGCUUCUCAGGUUGCACUCUCGCUGAUGGGACAGUGAAAAAGCCAGAAGUGCCACUUCCUUCCACCAACCCAUUUCUGGAGGAUGAAACUGGGACAGAAACAGAUGAGAUUGUGAUUGAGAAAAGCGAUAUGGAGAAACCAAAGAAGCCAAAGGUCCCUGACAAUCCUUUCCAUGGUAUUGUUUCCAAGUGCUUUGAGCCUCACCUUUAUGUGUACAUCGAGUCCCAGGACAAAAAUCUGAGUGAGCUGAUUGACAGGUUUGUGGCCGAUUUCAAGGCUCAAGGUCCCCCCAAGCCCAACGUGGACGAGGGAGGAGCCGUCCUGCCCAGCUGUGCUGACCUCUUUGUGUACUACAAGAAGUGCAUGGUGCAGUGCUCCCAGCUCAGCACGGGUGAGCCCAUGAUAGCCCUGACCACCAUAUUCCAGAAGUACCUUCGGGAAUACGCCUGGAAAAUUCUCUCUGGAAACCUGCCCAAGACAACCAGCAGCAGUGGUGGGCUCACCAUCACUAGUUUGCUGAAAGAAAAGGAGGGCUCUGAAGUGGCAAAGUUUACUUUAGAAGAGCUCUGCCUCAUUUGCAGCAUUCUGAGUACUGCAGAGUACUGCUUGGCGACCACCCAGCAGCUGGAAGAGAAACUCAAAGAAAAAGUGGAUGCAAGUCUAGUGGAGAGAAUCAACCUGACGGGAGAGAUGGACACUUUCAGCAUUGUGAUCUCCAACAGCAUACAGCUGUUAGUGCAGGACCUGGAUGCAGCCUGUGACCCUGCCCUGACUGCUAUGAGCAAGAUGCAGUGGCAGAAUGUGGAACAUGUUGGUGACCAGAGCCCUUAUGUCACCUCAGUGAUUCUCCACAUCAAACAGAACGUUCCCAUCAUCCGUGACAACCUGGCCUCCACCAGAAAGUAUUUCACUCAGUUCUGCAUUAAAUUUGCCAACUCCUUCAUUCCCAAGUUCAUUAACCAUCUCUUCAAGUGCAAACCAAUCAGCAUGGUGGGUGCAGAACAGUUGCUGCUGGACACUCACUCUCUGAAGAUGGUUCUCCUGGAUCUGCCCUCCAUUGGGUCCCAAGUGGUGAGGAAGGCUCCUGCCAGCUACACAAAGAUAGUGGUGAAAGGCAUGACUCGGGCUGAAAUGAUUCUGAAGGUGGUCAUGGCUCCACACGAGCCACCAGUUGUGUUUGUUGACAAUUACAUCAAGCUCCUUGCUGACUGCAGCACCGACACUUUCCAGAAGAUACUGGAUAUGAAGGGCCUGAAGAGGAGUGAGCAGAGCACCAUGCUGGACCUCUUCCGCCAGCGCCUGCCGGCUCCCCCCUCCGGCGUGGAGAACAGCAGCUCCCUCUCGCUGAGCGCUCCCACCCCCGAGCAGGAGUCCUCUCGGAUACGCAAACUGGAGAAGCUCAUCAAGAAAAGGCUCUGAGUGAGCAGAAGGAAACUCUGUUGCUCAGGACUAGCUGCAGUGACUGGGAGCAGAGCUCUUUGGACUUAUGAUUUACAGUAUGCUGCUGAGAAAUCCGUGUCCCAUCGCUCCCAUGCCCUGUGAUCUCUUAACCGUCUUACACCGAGGUGCUGCAGCUGCAUUCAGACCAAGGAGAAUCUGACCAAGGUGUUUGCUUUUGUGUAUCUUAGCAGGAGUGAAACCCAGGACAUUGCUGGCUCCACGUGAUGGAGAAAAUAGGAGGUACCUGGAAGUCAGCAGCUACAGGAACAGUUUAGGUGGAUUCCAGGUGGCUGUGAUACACUUGGUGUCUCAGCCUUCAGCCUGGCUGGGCUCCUGAGGAUUUUGCCUGAGAGUUUGGUGUUGCUGCUCACUCUCAGCUGCAGAGCUGUUCCUGUUUCAUUAUUUAUUGCAGGAGAGGGGACCAACUCCAAACCAUCACCACCACCAAAAGUACCCUAACCCUUUAGCAGCUGGCCUCCAGACAUCUGCAACUCCACUGAAUUAAUGAGAUGCCCCAAAGCAGAUUUCUGCCCUGCUCCCAGGACAGGCAUGCCUAAACCACCAGUAAAGCAGUGAGGAGGAGAGGGCUGAAUUAAUGCCUUCUGCACCUUGGCAAGCCUCCUGCCAGCAAGCCAGCAGCCUCAGUCACUGUUACAGCUUGAAGGCCAAACCCUAGACAUCUGCAGAGCCCAUUCCAGCUGCUUGUUAUUUCUCUUGCAUGUGCUGGGCUCGCCCUCUGUCCCUGAAGGGAGUUCCCAUACCACAUCUCACCCUUUCUCCACAAAGGGCUGUUCAUGGAGCAAGUGUCAAACAGCACCAGCCCUUCGUUCUCACGCCAGCAGGGGUGUGCCCCUUUGGCACCUGCACUGCCCUGCAAGGAGAGUUGCUGGAAAUGCUGGCUUUAACAGCCUCAGACUUUGAGGGCAUUCCUCUCCUCCUCUUCCUCUGAGUUUCAGCUUUUACCAGUGCAGAGAGGAGAAGCAGAGGUGGAAUAUUUUGGAUAACCCACCAACUCCUGUUGGCACCCAGUCAGGGUGGGGAUGGUGGGGUGCACCCUGCCUGUUGUGUGAGCUUCAGUGCAGGGAGAUAUUGCCUCAUCAUCAGCAGUGCUGGAUUUAUUCCUAGCCUCCUCUGUACCCUUUUUGGAGGACUUCGAAGGCAGAUACCCAACCAUGAACAAUUGAAUCCUCUGUGGGUUUGGGGACAGACUGACCAGUUGUGCCUGUUUUAUCCUCACCCAAGCUUCAGUUGCCUGUGCAGGAUAAAGAAGUCCUGUACCAGUUUGGUGAGUGAGGAGCAAUCAUGCUGUCAGAUGCCUUCCUGGGAGGGUCAUGCUCCCCACCCCAUCAAGUUUGGGCCUUAGGACUAUGUUUACUGGGGGCUGUGCUCACGAGGGAUUGUCAUGCUCACUGCUGCACAGCAGGGAGAAGAGGAUCAGACAUGCUGCAGGAAAAUGAGGUCCAUCCACCGAAACCCAGAGCUUUACUGGGAUCAGGGAGCAAGGAGGUGAAAUGAGGAAUUCCCUGAGUGAGGCAGAACCUGGGCUCACACUGCCUCUGCCUGCUGUUGCUUCAGCACUGUCCUCUCUUGGGCACAGGCUGCUCCCUUUCCCCCUUCUCAAACUUACAGCUGUGGGAGGGCAGACUUGGUGCCUGGUUGGUAAAAUCCUGUCCUCCCUUCCGAGAGCUGCCAGCUGAGCCUGCACUUGAGCAGGCAGGAGUUGAUCACAGGGUUUGAGCAGGAAGAAUGAAUCCACAGAGAUGAAAUCCUUACUGGUCAGGUUUCCAACACUGGGUGCAUUUUCAGGGCUGCCCAGGCUUGGGCCCAUGGUGUGCAGGUGCUCAGCUGCAGAGAGCUGUGGUGGUGAUGUCCGUCACAGAGCAGCGUUGACAAUGCUUGUGGGGAGGAUUGACGAUUUGUAGUCACUCCAGAUUUACAAAUCUCCCUGAGUCUGCUGCUGCUUCAUUUAUUUCCUCUCCUAAUUUCACCUCAGGUGGCCAGAGAAGGAGCAGUGGCUGAAAGCACAUCAGGGUUACGAGCGGCCGUUCCCCGAGGACAGGUUAUCUCGGGGGUGCAGGAUGGUUCACAGGUUAUCAAAUGCAGUAGCCAGGGAGGGGGCAGCACGGGUUUGCAGAGAUUCAUUAUUCCCGUGGAGGGAUGGAUAAUUUAUUUGAGAUUAAUUUUCCUUCGCUUUGUCUAUGGAUGACUCUAACUAAAUUAUGAAUAGCUGAAGCUGAAGUUACUGUUGCGUGUCUUUCCCUGAAGGCUUCCCCCUUUUCGUUCUCCACAUCUCAUCCUGGAGAGAAGAGGAAAUAAAAGGAAAAUGAGGUUUUAGUUUCAGCCCUUGAAGAAUGCUACAGGUCUGGGUGUUGGCAGUUCUGCUUUUAGAGAGAGCAAGGCUGCAUUUUUCUACUUUCAGUAUCAGGGGCUCGUCCCCUCGGCACUUAGAUACUUCUCACAUUUGGUACCUCUGUAAGCAGAAGUCAACCCUUUGGGGUUUGCAUCUCCAGGGAUUAAAGGAUGAUAGUUUUUGUUUUCUGUAUAAAAUGCUACUCUUAAAGGUUUUCAUCCGAGGUAUAAUUCUGGCUGUCUGUCGGAGUGUGACACUAAAGUGAAUUAAAUGGU